UCUAGGUUGGACUUCCCACUUACAACAUUGGGACUUUCUGUUCUCCCAUCAACCACCGGGCUGUGAGGCUGUCCGAGCUCACAUUUUGCCAAACGAUCGCCAAACAACCGGCGCAUUGCUCUAUUGCUUUGGCAUUGCAUGUAUUGAUGAUCCCCUGGCCGUGUCGUCCGCGUCGUCCAUCUCGAUCCGAACGCCCAUUGUCAAAAGCUUGAGCGGUCGCCGUGCUUUAUCAUUGUGUUACCACACGCGGACCAACUUUGCUAGCUCUAGAUUCGUCGACCCCCUGAACUGCCACCAUGUCCGAUAUCGAUGAUGAGUUGCUGGCUUUGGCCGGAGGCGAUGCGUCCUCGGGCGAGGAGGAGGAGCCCAUGGACAUGGGCCACGACGAGUCGCGCUCGCCUUCACCAGCUCCUGCCCAGCCUAAGGAAAGGGAUACGCCCGCUAGAGGCGUGGCCGUGAAGAAGACACCCGCGAAGAAGGCGAGGAGGCGCUCCGGGAGGAGUGACGACGAGUCGGACGAGGAGGGCGAAGCGUCGUCGCCUCCGGCUUCACCUAGCUCCCAAAUGUCUGCUCCCAUGGAGGAAUCCGAGUCCGAGUCGGAAGUUCCGCAGAACCGAUCCCGCAGUGUUGACAACGAAGAGAAUCAAUAUCCUGUCGAAGGCCUUUUCAAGAGUCACGAGGAGAAGGAGCGGAUCAUGAGCAUGCGCGAAAUCGAACGGGAGCAGAUACUAGCCGAGCGUAGGGAGGAGAACGAGCGCAUACGUCAAAAUCGCAUGCUACGCCAACUCAAGGUCAAUCAGGAGAAGGACAGCAAGAAGCGCAAAGCCAGCGCUGCCGAGCUUGAGGAUGCCUCGCGCAAACCGGCUCGCGCCCGAACCAAGGCGGGCGAGAGUAACGAGAAGAUGGACACCCUUCGCCGCGCGCGGGAGGAGCGCAGCAGUCGCAAAGAACAGAGAGAGCGCGACAACGACCGCCGCCGACAGCGAUCUCCCUCAUACCGGCGGAGCCGCAGUGCCGACGACCGUGACAGCGAUAUCGAGUGGGCCGGCAAGUCCAGGCCAAAGUCUAGAACGCCCGAGCCUAGAGAAAAGCCCCCCGCCGACCUCCGCGAUGUCGAGCGUGUUCGCGUCGGCCGGAGUCGCUUUGCAGAGGUUUGCUUCUAUCCCGGCUUUGAGCAGGCCAUCACUGGUUGCUUCGUUCGCAUCAACAUCGGCCCGGACCCUACAACUCGCCAAGAGGUCUAUCGCAUGGCUAUCAUCAAAGGUUUUUCCCAGGGCCGGCCCUAUGCUGUGCCGGAUCACUCCGGACGCCCCAUGGUAGUGGACCUCUACGUCAAGGCGGCCCAUGGCAAGGCUCAGCGGGAAUGGCCGUUUAUCAGCUGUUCCGAUCGGGGUUUUACCGAGGCGGAAUGGAACCGCUACAAGCAAGUUUGUCUGUCCGAGGGCGUCUCAGUCCCGACGAAGCCCGAGCUGGUCAACAAGAUUGACGACAUCAACCGGCUCGUCAAGCGCCCUUGGACCGAGCAGGAGCUGGUUGAGAAGGUCAGACGCCAGAACGCACUCCACGCCAAAUUCAGCGGCGCUGAGCGCGACCAUCUGACCCGGCAGCUCGAGCUGGCUCGCGCCCGCGGAGACGAAGAGGCCGUCAACCGCCUACAAGAUAAACUAGAUAACCUCGAGGUUCCGCGCCUCGCAUUCAGGACGUCUUUAACGCCACAAAAGAAGAAAUCCGAGAACAAGGGCCCGUCGCAGCAGGAGAAGCUGGCGCUCCUGAACGCCGAAAACCGGCGCCGCAACGCCGAGGCCGUGCGCAAGGCCCAGCUCAAGGAGCGCGCCCGCGCCCGCGAGAUUGAGAUGCGCCUCGAGCGCGGCGAGCAAGUCGACGACGACCUCAGCCGCCGGGUCAGGACGCGCAUCAAGUUUAUGCACGAUGCCAACGACAACGACCCCGCCGCCCUCAAAAACAAGCCGCAGAGCAAGAAGGGCGACACUACCGGCAACAGCGGUACGAGCACCCCCGUCAAUGGCAAUGGCAGCGGCGCGGGCACGCCAAAAUCGGGCAACGCGGCCCUCCUGCCGCAUAUCGCCAAGCUGCAGGAGCUGCAACGCAGUCAGGCCAAGGCGGGCGUACCCGUCAUCCACAAACCGCUUAUGGACGACGAUAUUAUCGGAGCGUUGGACUUAGACAUUGAUGUGGAGAUUGAUUGAUUGAUUGAUGCUGGGAUGGUUGGGGGAGAGGGGAUUUGCUUCCUCUGAGGGAUGGUGCAUGGCGAGAAAGGCCUCGCUUCUCGGGAAAUGGUGAUGACGGUUGGCUGGCGUGAUGAACUGUUUCCCUCCUAUGCCCUCAACCGGGCUUUCCUGGCAAGGAGACAGGGUCUAUGCAUAGUCUUCAAAGACGAGUCUAACUUCUGCCAUUCGGAACAAGCAAAAACCGGACCAGCUAGUUACAGAGAGAGAUGGUUCAUGGGUAUCUCGGGUACGGUACAGCGUGGACUUGACCACCUACUUACUUACCUUACCUUACUCGUCUCAAUUGAACAUAUAUCAUUCACUGUUGC